UCCAAAGCGCAGCUCCAUCAACCAGGUUCUUCCACUGGCAGCAGACCAGGCGACACGCCAGCACCAAAUCCACCGCAGCUCUGUGGUGCCGGUGCACCCGGGAAGGGGGGGCGGGUAUUUCCAUCGCGGACUCCUCCAGCCCGUCUCUGUGAUGACAACCAUCUGCGACCUCCCCGAGGAUGUGCUGGUGGAGCUGCUGUCGCUGCUGCCAGCCCGGGACCUGAUCCGCAGCUGCAGGCUGGUCUGCGCCCAGUGGCGGUACGUGGUGGAUCUGACCACCCUGUGGAAACGCAAGUGCCAGCGCAAGGGGUUUUACGUUCAGAAUUUGGACAGAAGCAUCUCAGACUGGAAGAUCUUCUAUCUGCUCUGCAGCCUGAAGAGGAACUUAAUCAAAAACUCCUGUGCGGAAGAGAACUUUCAGCACUGGAAACUUGAUAAUAAUGAUGGAGAUAAAUGGAAGAUCGAGGAUAUGCCUGGACCUCAUGGAAAAGACAUGCCAAACCCCAGAGUACACAAAUACUUUGUCACUUCAUAUGGGCCAUGCUUCAAGUCUCAACUCAUUACCCUGCAGAAAGAAGGAUACUGGAAUCAGUUGAUGGAUGAGAAACGGCCUGAAAUUGUAGUUAGGGACUGGUAUGCUGCCAGAUUUGACUGUGGGUGUCGCUAUGAGCUUACAGUGAGGCUGCUUUCUGAAGACUACAUUGUCCUUGACGAGUUCCACCCCGAGCCCGUGGUUAUAGAGCAGUGGAAUGAUGCAAGGUGGAGAGAGAUUUCUUACACCUUCCAGAAUUACCCACCUGGAGUUCGUUACAUCUGGUUUCAGCAUGGAGGCCAAGACACUCAAUUCUGGGCAGGAUGGUAUGGGGUCCGAGUGACUAACAGCAGCAUCACCGUGGGGCCCCUGACAUGUGUAUGAAGGCACAACAGAAGUGUUUGCUUUUACCUCAGGACUGUAACCGGGUGGUCUCAGGUGCACUUACUUGUCUGUAUUCUCUGGAUGAGUGUCCUAGCUUUGUCUUGCACAGUUGAUCUCAAAUACAAGCAGCUAGUUCUUGUUCGCAGCAGAACUUCUGCAGACCCACCCCCGUGGAAGGACUUCUGUCUUCAUCUUUCAUCUUCCUCUACCAUGGAUGUUACUGCAAUUACUAGUGCCCUUCCCCAGGAGAAAGACUAGGGCAAUUAAAUGUUUCUUUUCUAGUUAAUAUGUCCUUGUGCUACAGCCAAACACCAAGUCUUAUAUAGAAACCUUUUCUUGUUUAUGGAACUUAUGAGAGAUAAGGCUAAAAUGUCUAAUUUCAGAUUAUCAAUGCUGUCCUCAAGGGCCUUGCUACAGAGAGACUUGUUUUGUAUGCUUUUUUUUCUGUUUCAGUUUAGUUAUGUAUGAAGACAUGUAUCUUUCACAUCAGACCUUCCAUAGCAUAAGGAAAGUGUCAACCCUUUUUUGUGAAUGCUGUGUCACUGGUUCUCAAUUCCUUACCCUUUCUGUAAGUGUAUAUGAUCAAAAUGGUACAUGCCUUCCCUCUCCAACUACAGCCCAUCAUUGUUUGAAUAAACAGCAAGAGAAAGAGAAGAUAGAAAUCCCUUAAGGUGGCUACCUUAUAAGUGCCUUUUGAUUGUGCUGGGAUUUUUCCAUACAGCUUUUGUACUACUACAGUACUUGGUUUGUACUGAACAGUUUAACCCUAUAUAAAAUGUUAAAGCAGUGCAAAACCUUGA